AUGGGAAUUUGGUUAUUGAACCCUUCUGGUAGUGUAAACUGGACUAGUCUCGUUUCUCUUUCAAUUAGGAUGAUGAAUUUGACGGAAAGUGUUGUGGAAAAGGUAUUCUGUGGUUGCCCUAACUUGGAGUGCUUGGAAAUGGAUACUAUUUGGGGCAUUCAUCGUUUGGAAAUCAGCUCUGUGAAGCUGAGAAAAUUGAUCAUAAAAAACUACGAAGAUGAGAAUAAUGACAUUUGGUUCGAAAUCUUACUCCCAUAUGUUCAAAAUUUGCAACUUUUGGGGUAUGUGGCUUCACUUGUCAUUGCAGUCCUUUAUUUAGACUUUGAUUUUGGUGAUGGGGACGAAUUGCGAAAGAAGGAGUAUAGUUGUUUGAAGGAAAUUCUUCACAACGUUACCCAUGUCGAGAAUCUUGAAUUAGGUCCCUGGUGCAUCCAGUGCCUAUCUAUACUGGAGCUGAAAGGGUGGCAGUCUCCACCAUCAAGCCGGAAAUUCUUAAAACUCAAUGCAGCCAUAGUACAGUUGGACUUCCCUGGAAUUUUCAGCUUUCUGCUGAGUCCAUCGGAUCUUGAGACUUUAGUCAAUAUUUAGUCAUUGACUGGUACAAUCACGAACCAAGAGUAAGUUCCCUUUAGACCUUUAGUUUGUUACUGCCAUGUUAUCAAGAUCAAAUAACUACUAGUAGUACAAGAAGAUGAUAUAUCAACAUACUUCUGAUCUCACGUACGUUAGGAAAAAUAUAAUAGAACUUUUCUUUUGUUUUUUGUUUUUUUAAUUUAAACCACCUUAGUGGUAUAUGAAACAAUGAUAAAAAAUCACAAAGAGGGGGACUUGACUGCCUUACCUAUUCAAAAAAAGGGUAAGAACUGAACUGGUUCAGUCCUCAAGAAGAUCGAGAAGAUUCUAUCUUUGACAAAUGUGUAGGAGAUAAGCCUCUAAUGUGUAACUGGAAAGAGUGUUUCUGCAUAGAAGGAGUCUUAUUUGCAAAGUGAAACUUAACUAGCCUAAGCACUUGAUGACCUUUACAACAAUAGCUUCUAACUUGUAGAGACUUGCUCCCAUGUUCAUUGUUCCCAUAAGAACUAAAAAAGAGAAAAGUAUUCUCAAGUAACAUGUGAGCUCACAAAAAUUAAGAUCUAACCGGGAAGUUCAUCUUGUUGCAUUAUUGGAGGUAGGCUUUUGGCUUUGUUAUGAAUUUUGAAGGAAGGGAACCCCACUUCACAUUUAGUUUUGACCAUCGUGGUGAGUAUUUCUCAUUGUGUUCACAGAAAUGGCUCCAGGGAAUGCAUGGUUCAAAUACUGAAAUUUUCAUUUGAAAUUUUGAAUGCUGCUUUUUAAAGGAUUUCAGAAUCUGCUUUUUUUUAGUCUUGAAAGUUGAUGGUUUCUCUUUGCUCAGUACCGGUUUCUCAGAAAAGUUGAUGGUUUCUCUUUGCUAAAUCUGCUCUCAGUUUCUUUUUCUCAAGGAAAUAGUUCAGCUUGAGUUGCUUUGACAUAAUUUCUUGUUGUCACUCAAAAUUGAUUGUAUGAUUCAGCCAGUUCUACAUUUAACUUCUUUUGUAGUUGUAGGAAAAGAUCUUUAACAAGGGAUAGUACUCAUCUUUAUGUGAGGAGACAGAGGAUCAGUUUUUUUUUUUGUUUAAAAAAGAAGGAUCAGCUUCAAUGAAGCCUUUACCAUUUGGUUUUGUUUUUUCACAUGUAAGUAACAUUUGCGAAGCAAGUGACAUGUCCCUGAAGGACUGAAUCUAAAUAUUCAUAACCUUUUUUUAAAUCCAGAAUCAACUUUUUGAUUUUCUACUUCCAUCUAAGGAGAAUAACUAUUUAAUAUAAUAUAGCGGAUUAUUUUCUGCAGGACCUCCUGUCAAGGUACACAAACGAUGGUGAACAGAGCAAGAGGUUCAAGACACAUAACUUUGACAGCUCUUUGUUACAUCUGAAGACCAUCAAGGUCAUUAACUUUGAUGGAUCACUAAGUGGAAACAAGUUUGCACUGCCAUUGGUGGAAUAUUUGCUCAAGAAUGCAACAGUGCUAGAAAAGUUCGUCAUUGCUGCCAAGUUUGAAGGGAGUGAUGUAUAUCAGGAUUGUGUUAAAAUGGUACAGGAGUUUCAAAGCUUUCCCAGAUCCUCUCCGCACGCUUCAAUUGUCUUUUCUUAUUGAUAGUCUUUGACCACUAUCGUUUGUAUUGAUCGUAACAUACUUAACCGCUGUUGCUUUAUGUUUGAAACUGAUUCUGUAGUUGAUAGACACGGCUAGAACUGUACUUGUCAGUAUCCAAGGAGUUGGUAGUAGUUUUUCAUGUCU